CCUCUGCCACCAUGGUCGAGUCCGUCUGCACAGUAGUCCUGCUAUUAUCCCUGCUAUCCACUGUUUACGGUGAGGGUUUCGCGCUGGCGCCCAGUGAACUUGCUCCUAUCCCCUGUAAUGACAAAGCAGUGGAGAAGCUGUCUCGCCUGGCUGUCACUUACAUCAACGAAGAUCGCCAUGAAGGCUAUAAGUUUGCCCUCAACCGCAUUGCAAAUGUCCACCUGCAUGCUCAGGGCCCAGCAGGCAAUGUGUAUUACCUGGACCUUGACGUCCUGGAGACCAAGUGUCACAUAGGCAGCCCAAAACCAUGGAAACGUUGUGACGUCAGAGCCUUCAUGGAGACACAAAUCUCUGGCACCUGCAACACCACCAUUCUCCACACACCAGAGGGCUACACCUACCUGUACAGCUACGACUGCGUUCUAGUGCCGGAUCCCACAGAGAAGCUCCAGCAGACCUGUCCAACCUGCCCCGUCCUGCUUCCCACAGACAGCCCACAGGCCUUGAACACUGCUCAGGUCACUCUAGCGUCCUAUAAGAGACGGUCCAAACUUGCUGCAGGACUCGGGGUGAAGAAGGUCACCAGAGCUGCAGUGCAGACUGUGCCAGUGAAAGCCAGUUUUGUGGAGUACACAGUCCAAGAGUGUCCAGAGGGAGUGACAGAAAGAGGCACCUGCCAGAGACUGACGCUCAACUCUGACACAGAGACUGCAGGUUUCUGUGCAGGAUCUGUGCAUGGAGACAUGAACACCUACCCUGAUGUGCAGGUGUCCUGUGAGAUGUUCAAAGUACAGAAUGUGGACAUCCUCACACCAUUGCAGCCGCAGAUUCACAACCUCCCCCAAGACCCAGGGAGCCCAACCCCAGCCCCUCCUUCGAUCGAUGACCCGGGAAAUGAACCAACGCCUGUUCCCUCUGACCCAACAUCGCGCCCGACUGUUCAACCAGCGCCGUUUGACCCCACACCCAUUCACCCUGAGCCCUUUGACCCCCCAGUUGUGGUCAAACCCUCUAGGCCCCUCACCUCUUCUUCCAGUGAGACCUCUGAAGAGCUAGUCGUCCAGCAACAACAACCACCAGUUGCUGGGCCAUUCGAUUCAUCGUCUGAAGAGAUUGGAGGCCCCGUGGCACUGCGUCCGCCCUUUAACUUCCGCUACCAGAGGCAUGACCGCAAGAAACGGCAGGCCUUGGUGGAGACUUCACCCUCUCACAGCCCCAUCUUCCUGUCUGAUUUCCCCAGUGGGCCCUCUCCUUUCCGCUCCUGUCCUGGUCCGGCUCGAUACACCACAGUUUAACUGCCGCUGCUUAGGAGUCCAUUUGUUCAUCCUUAAUCUAUCCACUGAGACAGUGGACCAGUAAACUUCUCCGCUCCCUGUCACUGGCGGCUUGUAAUAGUUUGUGCUAAUGAGAGGAAUGCGAUCCCUUUUUCACUGGCCCUGCAGUGACCUCUCUGCUGUAACUGUACCUUUGCUCCAAACGCAGCCAUGGCUUACACCAUAUGUAUUUAAAGUGGCUUCAAAUAUUUGAACAAUUUGAAUAAAUCUUUGUUUUAAACGCCUGUCAACUACUUGGCAAACUAAUUUACUUAAGCUAACAGUCUGACAAUACCGUGUCUAUUUUGAUGGUAUAAAGCCAUAACAUUUUUAUUUUAGAGCUGAAUAUUUAAAAGCUGAAAAAUGUUAGUUGAUUUACCAAUUAGGUGAUUGAAAGAAAAUCAAUCAGCAGCUAUUUUAAUGAUCAAUAAAUUGUUAAAAAAGUCAUUUAUGGAACAAAAAUGCCAAACAUCCGCUACUAUAAUUCCGGCUGCACAACUGUGAUGGCUUUCUGCUUUUAGUGUGUAUUAUAUCUUUCUAAAUUGAAUAUCUUUGGACUUUGGAGUAUUGUUCAGAUGAAACAGGACAUUUGAAUACAUCACUUUGGGCUCUAUGAAAUUGUGAUUU